AUGGAUAAGGGUAUGGAGGUCCGGAUGUGCAUCCGGAAGGCGUGGGAACAUCAUCGGACCAAGCUGGGCCAAUUCUGGCCGGAUGGACAAGAGCCUCCCUUCAAAGGUCAGAAAGCCACAAAGCAUAUCUUUGUCACCAAAGGCAAAAUGCAACCGCGCAAAGAGAUCAUCAAAAAUUACGAAGAAAUCAAAGAGCUGAAGAAAUAUGUGCCAUCUGACAUAUUUCACCCACGAACAGGAGAUAUUGAACUCUACUACAACUACUCCGACUAUGAUGGUACUGACGAGGAGGAUCUAUUUGACAUCGAUGAGGAUGACGCUAUACCUCCCCCCGCAGUCGCUCCCAUUCCUCCUCCUACCGUUGUCCCUGCUCCUCCGCGCGUUACUGUUCAUGUACUGGUUGGAAAAUGGGAGGUAUCCAGCAUGCUACUGCCAUCAUCCGACGCCGUCAAUGUACAGCAGAUACUAAAAUUCACACUGCUCGACAUCGAUGAUGGGUCCUUCGCACAGGCCAGAGCAUCAUGCUUUGACAGUGCAUGUCCGAACGAGAACCUGGACCUCCCACCAUUUAUACCUCCAAAACUGUGGGUUUAUAGCCUUCGAGAGUCUCUCGACGAUGCCAUUCGUGAAGGAAAAAGGUUGAUCAUCCACCCCCAACUCAAAGAUCAACCGUUGCCUCUUUGGAUGAGACUCUUUGAAUCUCUGAGGGGAACUCAGAAGCUUCAUUCAGAAGUUACAGCGGUGGCUCACCGUGCGUUUUCAUGGGCCAUAGGAAAUACCCUCGCACAUGGCAUUCAGCAAGAUUCAAUUUCUUGCGGACUGUUUUGCAUUAAUACCAUUGCUCAUAAUGUCUUUGGCAAUCCCCUCGGUGUCCCUGACCCUGCGCGUGCACGAGCGAAAUGGUUUCAGUGGAUCGCUUACAAGUAUAUUACCGUGGUGCCACAAGAAGAAAUUCCUACCAUUUCUAUGUCUGAUAUGGUAGUAGGUCCCCCUCCUCCUCCUUCGACGUCACCAGGCGGGCUGCCACAGUGUCAAACUGAAACGGAGCAGCAAAAGAAGGAAAAGAGGAAGCAGCUGAUACCAAUAUUCAAGGAGAAAGCUGAUGCACGAGCAGCCAAUGUUGCGCGGGACAAGAAAGAGAAGGAGAUGGAGGAGCAGAAGGAGAUCAAGAGGCAGAAGGAAGUCGAGAGGCAGCUCGAGAUUGAAAGGCACAAGCAGCUCGAGAUCGAGAGGCAGAUGGAAGUUGAGAGGCAGAAGCAGCUUGAGAUCGAAAGGCAGAUGGAAGUCGAGAGGCAGCUCGAGAUCAAAAGGCAGCAGGAAGCCGACAGGCAGAGGGAGCUUGAGAUCAAGAGGCAGCAGGACCUCGAGAUUGAAAGGCAGAAGGAAGCCGACAGGCAGAGAGAACUUGAACACCAAAAACGGGUACAGAAGGUGGAUUCAGGUGGUCAAGUUAUCACGGACGACAGCAUGGACAUUGACAUCGAGCCAGGCGAAGUGACCUCUGGGUCACACGCACCAUCUCCAACCAAGGGCAAGAUGGACACAGUCAAUCGCCGAGAUUGUUCUCCUCGUCACCCACAUGCACCCUUUGUUCCAAACCGUUCACAUCGUUCAUUGUCUCCUCCUCCCCAUGAAUUGUCAUACCAUGCAUCUCGCCGAGAACUGUCUCCACCCGUUGACCAUCAUCAUAUAGAGAUUACGCUCCGUCUCAGUCUGACCGUUGUGCGCCUCCUCGUUGUUACCGAUCACCUCUCCAAGAACAUUCAACUCGCUGGGUAG